AUGUCCAAGUACGAGAACCAAGACAUCCCCGCCGGCGUCGUCCGCGACAACGACUAUGCUAGCCGUAGCGGCCAGUCACAGAUCCCUGUCCAGAAGGACGAAGCGCCCAUCGAGGACCCCAUUGACCCCGCGACCGCUGACACUGACGAGCAGCUGGCUCGCGAUGAUAAAGAAGCCAUUAACGAGGAAAAUAUUGUUCCAGGCCGCACACGUGGUGCCACCAAGAAGGCAGGCACUUACGCGGAGCCUGGUGAUGAGGAGGGUAUUCCCGGGCCGGAGGAUGGAAGAAGUGCCAUCCGCCAGUAA